GUCCGUGCGCGCCGCCCCGCGAUGCUGACGGCGGUCUGCGGCUCCCUGGGAUCGCAGCCCUCGGACGCGCCCCGCGCCUCCCCGACCCACCUGGACCUGCAGCCGCUGCAGCCCUUCCAGCCGCACGGCCCCGCCGCGCCGGGCGCCCCCGACUUCGCCUCGCCGCUGCCGCCGCCCGAGCUGCCGCUGCCGGGGCCCGAGGACGCCGCGUUCGCCGCCGCCGCCGCCGCCGCCUACGAGCCCCAUGGCCCCCCGAGGUUAGAGCUGCCCCCCGACGGCCCCGCCGCGCCCGGAGCCUACGCCAAGCUGCUGCCGGCCGCCCCGGACAUGGCGCAUCCCUACGAGCCCUGGUUUCGGCCCCCGCACCCCGGAGCCCCCGGCGAGGAGGGCGGAGGCGUCAACUGGUGGGAGCUGCACGCCGGGGCCAGCUGGAUGGAGCUGCCGCCGGGGCAGGGCGCGGGGCUGCCGGUGCCCGCGCACCCCGGGCUGCCCGCGGGGCUGGGCGGCUACGGCGGGGCCGAGCACCAGCUCUGCGCGCCCCCCGCCCACCUGCUGCCCCCGCCCGCGCAGCACCUGCUGGCGGCCGAGGGGGUGAAGGCGCUGGAGGGGCCCCCGGAGCCGCGGGGCGCGGAGGGCGAGGGCGGGGGGCGGCCCAAGGGGGCCCGGCGGGCCGUGCCCCGGGGCGGGGGGCAGGCCGCCUGCCGCUGCCCCAACUGCCAGGAGGCCGAGCGGGGCGGCCCCUGCCCCGAGGGGGCCAAGCGCAAGCACCUGCACAACUGCCACAUCCCGGGCUGCGGCAAGGCCUACGCCAAGACCUCGCACCUGAAAGCCCACCUGCGCUGGCACAGCGGCGACCGGCCCUUCGUGUGCAACUGGCUCUUCUGCGGCAAGCGCUUCACCCGCUCCGACGAGCUGCAGCGGCACCUCCAGACCCACACGGGCGCCAAGAAAUUCUCCUGCCCCGUCUGCGGCCGCGUCUUCAUGCGCAGCGACCACCUGGGCAAGCACAUGAAGACGCACGACGGGGGCAAGGACGGGCCCGAGCCCGAGGGCAAAGGCGCCGGGGACGCGGCGGCCGCCAAGGGAGGCAAGAGGGAGCCGGAGGGGGGCACGGCCGCCCCCACAAACUGA